AUGACUUUUGAAGUCACUUACCAGAACGCACGGUACAACAUAAAAAGUUUCUUAAAGAACCAUCCGGGAGGUUUAAACUAUCUGGAACCCUACAAAGAGCUAGAUGUGGAAAAACGUAUGAAAAUCACACACUCCCAGGCUGCAACGUAUUUAUUAGAAGAAUAUCGAUUGGAAUUGCAAAAACAUGAAAAUGACUUGGAAAAAUUAGUAGACUGGUCAAAACCGAUGCUAAAACAAGUGGGCAAUUUGGGUACCAAAUACAAAACAUGGGUAAACUGUCCAGUAGAUCGAGAUUUAACAUUAUUUGAAAAUCCUUUAUUGGAAAUGUUAACUAUUACUCCUUGGUACUUUGUACCAGCGGUAUGGGUACCUGUUAUCAUUUAUUUAAUUAAACUUGGAACUCAACGAUAUAUUGACUUAACAAGAGAUCCAUCUCCCACUAGAACCAUAGUACUUUACAUAUUUUUAGGCCUCAUUUUAUGGAGUUUCAUAGAAUAUUCAUUACACCGAUGGGUUUUCCAUAUGGAACCCACAGGAAAAUCAAAACUUUUAAUUUAUGUCCAUUUUAUCAUGCACGGGCUGCAUCAUAAAGUUCCAUUCGAUACAAGGCGUCUAGUAUUUCCGCCAGCUGGUUCAGCAAUUAUAGGUUCAAUUAUAUACAAAAUAGUUUCGUUAAUUGUGCCAGAUUAUAUGAUUAUUUUAUUAGCGGCUGGAGGAUUUUCAGGUUACCUUAUGUACGAUAUGAUUCAUUUCUAUUUGCAUUGUGGCGCUCCAAAGGAAAACAGUUAUUUUUACCAUUUGAAACGGUACCACAAUCAACAUCACUUUGCGCAACACAACAGUGGUUUUGGAAUAAGCAGCACCUUUUGGGAUCAAAUAUUUGGUACUGUAAUCAAUUUGCGCAGUUUAGCUACCAGCAUCAGAUGGUAA